GCCCUGUCAUCGCGACGCGCAUUCCCCAGCCUCACCUUGUUUUCCCGCCACCACCACCAUCACCAACCAAUAUGGCGGUAGACUUCAGUCGGCUGACGGUGAUUGAGUUGCGCCAGGAGCUAAAGCGCCGCAAUCUACCACAAAAUGGGAAAAAAGCGGAUCUCAUAGACCGGUUGGUCACGUUUGAGAGCGACCGAGCAGCAUCAGAGCCCGCGGACAACUCAGUCGACGACGAUCACGAAGCGAGUGGUUCACCGCCUGAGCAGGGCGCAGCGGAGCCACAGGAUACCGGCCACUCAGAUCUACCGCCGGAGGAAGAUUCCACAGAGGCACCGGAUCCCUCAACCCUUGAGGCGGCUGCGCAAACUCCACCCACCAACCAAGAGCCGGACACCACACCCGCAGCUGUCAUUGAGCCCGCCGAGCCAGCGGAAGUGCCAAUUACAACUGAGGUUUUGGCUUCGGAGAAUGUCCCCGAGCCUGCUGACACCAAGCCGGUCCCUGCUACCGAAAUUAUUACGGACGCCGUGAGCCGCAAACGCCGGUCGCGAAGCCCACCACCCGAGAACGAGUCUUCCAGAAAGCGCGCGCGGCCUAGCGAUGACCAGUCUGGUGAAGGCAAUAGUCAUCAAGACUUCCCUGCGGCCCAGCCUGUGCCUGUUGCGCAAACAGCGACAGACGCCCACGCAGCUACCCGAGAGACUCCUCAGUACGAUAAAGGGAAGCACCGCGAACCCAGCGAAGAGCGCGACUGGCAGCAGAACCGGGCGACUACCCCGCAACGCUACCAAGAGCGACUAGGCGACAUCGUCGACGAGCCGAUCCCAGACUUCGAAAGAGACGUUGCGCCAGCACAGCACCCCGCCACAUCUGCGCUCUACAUCAAGAAUUUUAUGAGGCCUUUGAGGGAGCCGAUGUUGCAAGACUACCUGAUCGACCUUGCCGCAUUACCUGGUGCCGCACCCGAUCCGAACUGUCUCGUUGAUUUCCAUCUCGACCAAAUUCGGACCCACGCGCUUGUGAGCUUUAGCAGUGUUUCUGCCGCUUCUCGAGUCCGCACAGCUUUGCACGGGACCGUCUGGCCCAACGAGCGCAAUAGAAAGGAACUUUGGGCCGAUUUUAUUCCUGAGGAUAAGGUGGCUGAGUGGAUUGACCGAGAGCGAUCGGAAGGUGGACGAUCAUCAAAUCGCUGGGAAGUUCACUACGAGCCCGACGAGGAAGGAACCAUCACAGCCAAUUUGGUAAACGCAGAGAUGGAGCCCAUUCGCCGCAAUUCCACGAGGCAGCCUCUCGGCCCUCCGCCGGUUCCGACCGGGCCAGCGCGCAGCUACCCAGGCGUCGAGGGAGCGCCUUUGGGUCCGCGCGGCCGAGGAACGAACCAUUACCGCCAGGCGCAGAUGCCGCUAUCGGCUGUAACCACUACUGGCAAUCGCGACCGCGGCCGCGACCGUGACUACAACGACGAUAACGACCGUAGCCUCGAUUACAAAACUACGCGCGCACACCCUCCCCUUCAAUACAGGCCCAUAUCUGAGGACAUCGCUGAGCGCCGGCUUGACAACAUGAAUGCGCACAUCAGCAGGGACCGCCACCGCGACUUGGGUCCCCCGGACGACAUCAACAGGUACACGUUCGAAGAUGGCGACCUGUUUGUCGACCGCGGUAAGGAAGCCUUUAUCGGCAUCCGCCCUCCGCACCGCGAGCGCGAGCGCCGCCGUAUGGGCUUCGGCCGCGGCGGCGGCAACUGGGGUCCACCUCCUCGCCGCCGCACCCCUUCCCCCCGCCGGCCCCCGCGCGAUGAUGGUGGCUACCGCGGCGGCCGCCGGAAUGACUACGACCGCCCCUACCGAGACCGGGACGACGAUCGCCGCGACCGCCGUGACGACCGUGAUAGGGACUAUGGGCGCGACCGCUACCGCGACGAGGUCCCCCGCUCGCGCUUUGACGGCCAACCGCUUCCCACCUUUGGCGGUGGUGGCGGCCGCGGUGGACGAUGGGGCGGAGGUGGUGGUGGUAGACGGGACCGUUUUUAAACACCCCACAACCGUUCUGCGGGUGGGUUGGCGCAUACCCCGUCAACCCCAAGCUCAUCAUUAAUGAGUGCCAACACCCACCCCCAAACUCAGCUCUCAGCCCGCAUCUCCCAGCAGACCUAGAUGAUUAGCCAACCGCCCAGCAGCGCUCACCCCACGGCCAUCCCAGACGAUCACCCAACCCGAGAAGGCCUGUUCCCGAUUGGGAACAAACAAAAUCCAUGUACAGACAACCAAGAUUUGCGCACACUCCCCAUCACAAAGAGAAAAAAAUACCAAAACAGGCUUGCAAGGUGACGACACGAUAAGGCGGGGCAGGUCGGCUAGAGAGGAAAAGUCCCACCCUGAAAAUGAAACAACCAUAGCGCAACCACGGCAGCAUACUUACCCCAAACGAAAAUGCGAAUCGGUUGAUUCGCUACUGGGGGGGGUCCAAGGCUCUCGUUUUCGUCUCUAGCAAUCAAACCAGCUUGUC